AUGGAUUUUUGGAAUUUUUACUUAGAAGUUCGUGAAGCACUCGGUUAUGAAGAUGAUUUCGUAUUGGAGAGAGAGGUUCGUGAAGCACUUGGUGAUGAAGAUGAUUUCGUGUUGAAGGGGGAUCUUAAAGUACUCAGUGAUGAAGAAGAUGAUUUCGUGUUGAAGGAGGAUCGUAAAGUUUCUGAUGACGUGUUGGAGAUUCGUAAAGCAGUUUCUUCCUUAUCAACAUUAGGAGGGACGAGAUAA